UACUGUUACCUGGAUCUCUGAUUGGUUCAGGGAGUCGAUCCGGGUACUCGGCUGGAAGGCUGGAAGGAGCCUAUAGGUACCAAUAUGGCGGAGGCUUCCUUCGGGAGUUCGAGCCCAGUUGGCUCUUUAUCGUCUGAAGAUCAUGACUUCGAUCCGACAGCAGAGAUGCUAGUCCACGAAUAUGACGACGAGAGGACUUUGGAGGAGGAAGAGUCAUUGGAGGGCGAGAAAAACUUUAACUCAGAGAUAGCCGAUCUAGAGAAGGAGGGGAACAUGCCGUUGGAGGAACUGCUGGCCAUCUACCGCUACGAGGCGUCUGUCAGUACGGCUGCAGGCUCCAGUAUGGACAGCUUUUCUGGGGAGCUGACGGAUGAGCUGCCAGACAUGACUUUGGACAAAGAGGAGAUAGCUAAAGACCUGCUAUCAGGGGACUAUGAGGAGGAGACCCAGUCCUCUGCUGAUGACCUCACCCCUUCAGUCACCUCCCAUGAGGCCACCGACUUCUUCCCCAGAACACUCAGAUCUAACACUAUCUACGACGGUGAUAAGGAGUCCGAGUGUGAGGAAGAUGGGCCAGGCCCAGACGACUCCAGAAAAGAAAUAAUGGUGGGUUCGCAGCACCAAGCAGAGGUCCCCACCCACCUCUGUCACUAUGGCAAUGAUAAGGUAUACGAAGAUGAUGACCAGUUGCUAUGGAGCCCAGGCGUGUUGUCAGAGAGCAAGGUCAGGGACUUCCUGUGUGAGGCGUCGUUACGGGCGACCGAUGAGAGGACAGGAAGUGACAUGGCAGGGGCUCAUGUGAGCGACAAUGAGCAGGCUCUGUAUGAGCUUGUGAAAUGCAACUACAAUACCCACGAAGCACUGGAGAGGUAUUGCAGUAAUGUGAACUCAUCAAAGGAGAAAUCCCCACUGUGGUCUGAAGAUGAAUGCAGAAACUUUGAACAUGCACUACAGAUAUAUGAUAAGAACUUUCACCUCAUACAGAAACACAAGGUUAAGACACGGACGGUAGCUGAAUGUGUGGCUUUCUACUACAUGUGGAAGAAGUCGGAGCGCUUUGAUUUCUUUGUCCAGCAGAAUCGCUUUGGCAAGAAGAAGUAUAGCAGCUAUCCUGGCAUAACGGACCUGAUGGACCGGCUGGUGGACGAGGCAGAAGGCCUGGCAGUAGACAGCUCCUCCUCUGUGUGCUCAGGUGGGGGAGGAGGGGUGAGGAUGGAGCCCACCACAGAGCAGCAGCUCAGCCUGCUCGACUCCAUCACUGCCAGCGACCUCACAGCCCUGAGUAACAGCGUGGCCACAGUGUGCAGCCCAGCGGAGGUGAGCUGCCUGGACUCGUACAGUUUCCCCCCUCUGGAGAGCCUCCACCGAGGGUCCCUGGCCCAGGACGAGCCCCUGGGCUUCCCCUCCAACGGAGGAGAUCCCGACUGUCUCAACAUGCUGGACACCGGCUUCUACCACUCUGACCUGGGCCAGCGGGGAGGGGUGUACGGGGGCAAGGACUGCGAGCGGCCUUCUAAGAGGCUCAAGUUGACGCUGCCCGACUCUUUCAUCAACGACGUUUCCGUGGGUAACCUCGGAGUGGACUUUGAGGGGCGGCGGAACACGGCGCACCACCGCAUCACUGGCGCCAAGAUGGCUGUGUCCGUCACAGACUUUGGGAGCUUGGCGGGCAGUGGGGAGCCCAAUGGGUUUAUGGGAGCACAUGCACGACAUCACAGCACGGUGCUCCAGUCAGAGUGACCACCCCUGCCCCCAGAAUCCCUCCUUUAAAUCCACCAUCCCAUGUGUACAUAAGACUCACUCACUGGAGAUUUUUGUUUAAUAAUUAUAUAUACACAUUUAUUUCGUUUUGAUUUUAUUUGUGAAAUAUGACAUCAGUGAUGUCUUUAACGUAUAGAACAAAAAAUCUUGAUUUCUCAAGAGUUUAUAUAGCCAUUUAUUUUCCGCGGUCCUGAGAUGUCAGUGUCCAUGUACAGUGGGGCCCAGCCCAGCCUGGCACGGAGGCUGCGGAUAGACAGUUGUGUUUGUUCCUCAUCCCUCACACACACAUCUACAGACGACUUCUUCAAAGCUACAUAAUCCUGCCACUCAUAUACAGUUGCCAAAAUAGCUUUGUUCUGGUUUACUUAGUUUGUUCAUUUUUAAAGUGGUAUUUUUGAUUGAAUAUCAGUGUUUACAGGUACUUACAGAAACCAGGCUUGGGCAAAUGUUGUGUUUUGUCCGAGAGGAGCCUGGGUUUUGUAUUUAAUGCAACAGUCGUUGGUGUUGAGAUGGUGUAGGUUAUAACUAGGAGCAUAUCAGUUGCUAAGAUGGUUUUUCUCUCCCUCCUUUGUUUUUGUUCCUGUGGAAGCUUCUUUUGUACUCGGCUUGCUUUUUUCAGACUUUAACAGUCUGAAGUGGCCAAACCACAGGAGAAUGUUCUAGAAUUGUAUCAAUAUAUUAUAUUAUGAUUUUCCUCAGUGUUCAGCUGUGACAGCUCUUGCCAAGACAUUUUUAAAUCCCCCAAUUUUAUUAACGGAGUCAAUGUAGAGACUAAAAGGCUGGGUCUAACACCCCACAAAUUUGGGCAGUUUUAUCUGUCCAUCAGAUUAUCUGAAACAUGCCCUUAUAAAUCAGUCUCUUAUUGCCCCAGAAAUUAGCCAAUAUCAUGGCAAUAUUUUACAUUAUGACAGAACAGUUUUUGGAUUGGCAUUAUAGUGUUGCAUUGAGAUGUCAUGUGUUCAGCUACAGGAACGUACAUAGUUUCUGCCCUAUAUUCUUAGCACAACAUGCAUUUCUUCAUAAAUCUAUUUGGCCCAAGUUGAUUACUUUUUAUGCUAGUUGUGCUGUUUGUCUGUUUAUCAUGGAGCUUGUUCAAUCUGCAAAAAAAAGGUUGGGUUUCUUUUUUUCCUCGAUUGUAUUGCUCUUUAUUGAAACUACUUAAAAGGCCUGCAUAAGCUUGUUAGCAGUAUUAUUUCUUUAUUUAAAGCCACUUCUAUCCCUUUUCUGCUACUUCCACAGUAUUGACUGGAGGAUGCCUUGUAUUAUCCGGUCCAUAAUUUAAUGUCCAGUUGCAGGCUAACAGAGAUUCAACUUCUAUUUCUCUUGACUGAACUAAUUGUGAAUUGUUGAGUGUUGGGAAACCAUCAUUGUCUUUUUUUUAAUGGAUGCAGUAGUGAUUACUUAAUUUACCUAUGCAUUGUGAGUUCAAUAAGUAGUUGGUUUCAGGGGUAUAUAUACUGAACAAAAAUAUAAACGCAACAAUUUCAACGAUUUUACUGAGUUACAGUUUAUAGAAGGAAAU